AUGGACCAGGCGGAAUCGUGGCUCAAUGACAUUGCUUCUCCUGAAUCUCCAAAUUUUGGCAAGUUCUGGACUCGGGAGCAAGUGACCGAAGCAUUCAGGCCCCCUCAAGAUGCAGUGGACGCCGUGCUUGACUGGCUGCAUUCUUCCGGGAUUCAUCGCGAUAAUGUGACCCAUUCCAACAACAAGCAGUGGCUUGUCUUUCCUUCCACGUCUCAGCAGGCUGAAGACCUGUUUCAUACCAAUUAUUAUGAGUAUCAUGAUUUGAAGGGCAGAACCUUGGCGGGCAACGAAGGCUACCAUUUGCCCCGAGAUAUUGCUAACAUUGUCGACUUUGUGAAGCCUGGAGUAGUCACUGUUCCUCUCCGAAGUCCAAAAGGUCGCGACGGAUCACACAGCGCACACCAGCGCCGAGCAAAGGCUGGUCCAUCGCAGAAUCGACCCAUUAAAGAAGCGGACCCACUAAGAGAAUCUAAAGUUCAAGCAUCCGGGUCUAACUGCACUCAUGAAACCACAGCUCAAUGUAUGGCCCAACUCUUGAAUAUGCCACUUCUUGACGGAGCAGCCGGGUCCAACUCUCCAAGUUCCUUUGGAACGUACCAGUUCGGCCAGUACUACGAACAGGCCGAUCUAGAUUUGUAUUGGAAUGAAUUCUUCCCGUCGCGUAUCCCGAAAGGGUACGGACCAAACUUCGUGUCUAUCGACGGUGGUCUGCGUUAUGAACAGCUCUUGAACUGGGCUGCCCCGAUUGGUGGGACUGAGGCUGCUCUGGACCUUCAGGUUGCAAUGCCACUCUAUUAUCCGGGGAAUGUGACCAACAUCCAAGUCGAUGAUGAGUAUUAUGCUCAAGACAGGGACCCAGCAUUGCUAACGCCAUUACUCGACGCAAUCGAUGGGAGUUACUGCACGUCGUGUGCUGAUGGGAUUUGCGGACCUUUCGACCCUGUUCUCGAUCCCACAUACCCGGACACAACACCUGUAGCAACGGGUGAUGAACCCGGAUCCCCAGGCAACAACUAUAACGGCACAUAUCAGUGCGGGACCUGGACACCACCCGCAGUCAUUUCCAGUUCCUACUACUCGGCCAUUGGAGAGCCAAAUGAACAUGCUAAGAACCAUUCGACGAGGCAAUGUGCUGAGAUCCUCAAACUCGGUCUACAAGGUAUUACGUUCAUGUUUGCUUCUGGUGACAGGGGGGUUGGUUAUGGAGAUACGUGUGAUUCAUUCUUUUAUUCUUACCCUAACGGGUGUCCCUGGAUUUUGAUUGCAGGAGGAACAAUGAUUGGGGCUGGUAAAACAGAGAAUGACACUGAAGUCGUAUGGCAAACUGGCGCUGCUGGAAAUCAGCCUUGGACGGGUUCAUGGGCCUCCGGCUCGGGCUUUUCCCUGUUCUUCGACCGUCCGGAUUAUCAGAAAACUGUGGUUGAUGAAUACCUACAGAACCACGAUCCAGGUUAUACGUAUUGGGAAGGAACAAAUUACAACCAUACGAAGCCUGGGUAUUACAACCGUGCAGGCCGCGCAUAUCCCGACUUGGCAGCUAACGCUGGUCCGAUUCCCGAAUGGGUAGGACGGCAACGGAAGCAGGAUGGAGGAACAAGUGUUUCUGUGCAAGCCAUCGGCGUGAUGCUCGCACGCAUCGUUGACGAACGUAAGAAGAUUGGAAAGGGACCUAUAGGUGUUCCCCAUCAUGUCCUUUACAACAACCCCCAGGUGUUUCGAGAUGUUGUCAGCGGUAACAACCCCGGCUGCGGAACUAAUGGUUUUCCCGCGACGAAGGGAUGGGACCUACCUACGGGUCUUGGAGUUCCAGACUACGAGAAGCUCCUUGCGCUCUAUUUAUCUUUGCCAUAG